AUGCAGAGAGGCCUGUACAUGCACACAGCGCCGGAAAGGGAGGCAGGAAGACAAGACAAGGUGAUAGGUAAUAGACCAUCCUACGUUGAGUAAAAGCAACAAUACCCACAGCCAAUGGAGGUAAGCAAGGAGCAUCCACAGGUGGCAGGCUAGCUGGAACUGAUUUCUAGCCCUUUUAUCACCAGCUCUGGUGCCAGAAGACUGAAAGAAAAAUGAAGAUCCUUCUUCCCUGCAGUUUCAAACAUCUACAUCUUGAAGAAGAGGAUGCCGGAGUUAAUGGAAAUCAUCGACAAGGGCGGCAGGCAAAAGGGCCACACACUCACGACUAACUUCAGAGACAUCAUCAAGGUCAGUUCAGAUCUGACAGAGAAGUUGGAGGAGAGGAUAUAUCAGAUACACAAUUCCCAAAACAAGUUCACCCAGAAGAGGUCACAGAUCAGCCACCUAGAGAUGUAAGUCAUGGAAGUCAACCAAACCGUGCAAACCAUGGACCAGAACUUUCCUUUCAGAGCAAAGUCACAAGAUAGCAAGUGCUGGGAGCAUUCAAGGAGCCCAUCUUAG